AGGAGGAGGAAGAGAAGAAUAAUGCAUAAUAAUAAUAAUAGGUAAUAAUAAGUUCCCUUGAAGCAUGAAAAACAAAGUCCACCCCUGACAGUGACAUGAUAAGAUGAAAUAACAUCUGAUAAGAGCUGACAUUUGAUGGGCAUACAUGAGGGUAGGGGAGGGUGCAACAGAUAAGAAAAGAUUAGAGGUGAUAUUUGAUGAACAUCGCCCUCACUUUGUUUUUACUGGUACAUAAACAUGUCUGUGUUUGUCAAGCUCCCUGUCUAGCUGUCUAUCCGUCUAGCUCUCUGUCUCAGAGAGAGCCACAAGACUGCAUCAUCACCUUUACUCAUAUCUUCAAGCAGAGUAUAGCACUUUGUCUGGAUUUUUUGGGUUAUCCUAGCCCUGAUUACCAGAUGGGAUACAGUCAGCCAUCUUAUGAGCCGCCGCCUCAUCAGCAACAGCCGCCUCAAACACCACAGCAGCAGCACCAAGUUUAUACUCACCAGGAAUAUGAACAGCAGCAGCAGCAACCACCGCAGCAAGUUUACCAACAGCAGCAGCCACAAAUACCAACUACCUAUCAGUCUCACUAUAGCCAGCCUCCACAACAGACUCCUCAGUAUCAGCAACAACAUACACCUCAGCCACAUGUUGAAUCCGAGCCUGAGCCUGAGCCUGAGCCCGAGCCUGAACCUGAGCUCGAGCCUGAACCAGAGCCUGAACCUGAACCUGAUAUGGAUCCUGAGGAGCAAGAAGAGGAAAUGGAUCAUGAUGGUGAUUCUGAUGCAGAGCCCCAUGAUGAAGAUGAACAACAGCCUCCACAAAAUUAUGAACCCAUACCUCGACUGACAAUAUCUAUUCGAGGGAGAGGCAGAGGCAGAGGUCGCAGCAGAAUUGCUACCAUUAAGAAGAUAGGCGACCAGAUUGUAGGAGAGCCACCACGCAAGCGAGGACGUCCAGGCCGCAAACCAAUCACUGAAGUCAUGGCAGAAGAUGAAAAUUCAUUGUAUUAUGUUGUUAAAAAUGGACGGGCUGUAUUGGCGCAAGUUGUUGAUGACUGGAUAGAUGCAUAUAAGGACAAUCGUGAUGGGUCACUCUUACAACUGAUGCAGUUCUUCAUUAAUGCUUCGGGGUGCAAGGGCAAGAUUACACCACACAUGCAGGCUACCAUGGAACAUGCUGAGAUCAUCAGGCGAAUGACAGAGGAAUUUGAGGAGGAGAGUGGGGAGUACCCAUUAAUCCAGAGCGGUCAGCAGUGGAAGAAGUUUCGCAGUAACUUCAGUGAAUUUGUGCAGUUUUUGGUGAAACAGUGCCAGUACUCCAUAAUCUAUGACCAGUACCUCAUGGACAACAUCAUCUCCCUGUUGACCGGUCUCUCAGAUUCCCAGGUUCGAGCAUUCAGACACACAGCAACUUUAGCAGCUAUGAAACUGAUGACUGCCUUGGUUGAUGUUGCUCUAACUGUCUCGGUCAACCUGGACAAUACCCAACGUCAGUAUGAAUCAGAGAGACAAAAGUCUCGUGAGAAGCGUGCAUCGGAUCGUUUGGAAUCUUUAAUGUCAAAGAGACAAGAGCUGGAAGAAAAUAUGGAUGAAAUUAAGAACAUGUUAACAUACAUGUUUAAAUCCGUUUUUGUUCACAGAUACAGGGAUACUCUGCCUGAGAUCCGCUCCAUUUGCAUGGCUGAAAUUGGACUGUGGAUGAAAAAGUUUCACCAGAAUUUUUUGGAUGAUUCUUACCUUAAGUACAUUGGCUGGACACUUCAUGAUAAAGUUGGUGAUGUACGUUUGAAGUGCUUGCAAGCACUGCAGCCCUUAUAUGCUAGUGAAGAACUCCAGGGUAAAUUGGAACUGUUCACUAGUAAGUUUAAAGAUCGCAUCGUAGCUAUGACACUUGAUAAGGAGUAUGAUGUGAGUGUUCAAGCAGUGAAAUUAGUCAUCUCCAUUCUGAAACAUCACAGAGAUAUGUUAACAGACAAAGACUCUGAGCAUGUCUAUGAAUUGGUGUACUCAUCCCAUCGUGCUGUGGCACAAGCAGCAGGAGAUUUUCUCAACGAACGUCUUUUCAUUCCUGAUGACGAUGCUGUGGCUUCCUUAAGGACAAAGCGUGGCAAGAAGCGCCGGCCAAAUACUCUUCUUAUUCGAGAUCUUGUGCAGUUCUUCAUUGAGUCAGAGCUACAUGAACAUGGAGCAUAUUUGGUGGAUUCUCUAAUUGAGAGUAAUGAGAUGAUGAAAGACUGGGAGUGUAUGACAGACCUAUUGUUAGAAGAACCAGGCCCAUUGGAGGAACCACUUGAUGAUCGGCAAGAGACUAGCCUCAUUGAGAUAAUAGUGUGCUGUAUCAAGCAAGCUGCAACUGGUGAGCCUCCAGUUGGACGAGGACCAACAAGAAAGAUUUUCUCUGCGAAGGAGCUCAAACAAGUGAAUGAUGACCGUGCAAAGCUGACAGAACAUUUGAUACCCACACUUCCUCAGUUAUUGCACAAGUACUUAGCUGACCCAGAGAAAGUGGCCAAUCUACUAAUAAUCCCUCAAUACUUUGAUUUAGAAAUAUAUACAACCAGCAGACAGGAGAAGAAUUUGGAUCUUUUGUUAAAGCUAAUUCAGGAAGUUGCAGACAAGCACAGCGAUACAGAAGUUCUGGAGACUGCAGCAAAAACACUUGAACUUCUUUGUAAUGACGAUUAUGCCAUAUACUCGCGUUGUGACAUUGCUCGUUCUUCUUUGCUUGACAUGGUUGUCAACAAAUACCAAGAAGCCAAUGAUGAAUACCUAACUCUUCUUGAUGGUGAGGAAGAGCCUGAUGAAGAUGAAACUUUUGCUCUGGUGUCAUCAGUUAAGAAAGUUUCCAUCUUUUAUUCCUGCCAUAACAUGGGUCCUUGCAACAUCUGGGACUCUCUCUAUAAAAACAUAAUUUAUGCUGUGGAUAACAGCAAAGUGCUACCAGAAGAGGCCACCAAAUAUUGCAUAUCCUCUUGCUUCUUUGGAGUAAUGUGGGAGUUGCAUCAAAUAGAAGACAUGAAUGAGAAAAGAGCAAUUACACAUGAUGCUGUUGAAGCUCUUCGGAUGAGACUCAAUCAGUUCCUAGAGGCAUGCAAACAUCUGCUGGCAAACUCCAAUAAUUCUGUCUUCCGAGAGGAGGCCUAUGUGACUAUUUGUGACUUGUUAAUCAUCUUCAGCAGGCAAUUGACGUCAAAUAAUGCACUAGCAUCUCUUGUCUAUGAGCCUGACCGUGGACUUCAGCAUCUCCUUAACCACUUUAUCCAAACUUAUGUUUUUAUUGAUGAUGAAGAUGAGGAACAGGAUGAGCAUGUCAAGAUUGAGGAAUUGCACAAGCGCAGGAAUUUCUUGGCUACAUUUUGCAAGCUAAUUGUGUAUAAUGUGCUUCCUACAAAGGUUGCUGCAGAUGUUUUUAAACAUUAUGUCAGAUACUAUGAUGACUAUGGUGAUAUCAUCAAGGCAACUUUAGGCAAGGCUCGUGAAAUAAACAAGGUCAACUCUGCAAGAACAAUGGCUCUGGCUCUCACAAUGAUCUUCAGAGACCUUCAGAAGGAUAAUGUUAGAAUCAACAGGCAAAGUUCAGACUUCAUCAGUCUAAAGGAGUUGGCAAAGAGAUUUGCUUUGUCGUUUGGUCUUGAUGCUGUAAAGAAUCGUGAAGCCAUCACUGCUCUUCAUCGUGAGGGUAUACUGUUUGCUGUUAAUCCACUGGAGAAUCCAGCAGAUCCUACAGGCCCUCCACCAAAUUUGGCUUUUCUUGAAAUACUGACAGAGUUCACAAAUAAACUUCUUAAACAAGACAAGAGAGUUGUUCUUGCAUACUUGGAUCGCCGCAUUGCUGCUGGGAUGCCUAGUUCACGUGGUGAAGAUUGGCAGCCUCUUCUUAUGUACCGUAAUUCCUUGGUGCAUGGAGAGGGUGAUCAGCCACCGCAAACUUCUAAACGUGCAUAUACACGGAAACGCAAACAUGUGGAUGAUGAUGACGACGAAGAUGAAGAGGAUGAUGCUCCAUUCCAGCCAGCUAUUGAAGAACCAAGAGAAACUGGCCGUCCCCGCCGCCGCCGCCGCUUGGAGCAAGUUCAUGCAGAUAUUAUUGGUCGUGUGGUUCGUCACAAGUGGUACAUUGAUGGAGAGGGGGUAUAUUGUACAGGUACUGUCUUGGGUAUUUCUGCCCCAGGUACAGUGCCAGAGGAAUCAGAUGAUGGCCAGUUCAUUAAUGGAACAUGUUAUGACAUCCAAUAUGAUGAUGAAGAUUUUGUGAGGCAUUUGAUUUUGGAAGGAGACUGGCAGCGAGGAGAUGUCCAGGUCUUGGGCAGGGCCCCUAACCUAUAAUUAUGUCAGACUUCACUCUUUUCUUUACAGUAUAGUACAUGUAGAGUGGCCAAAAAUAUUCUCUCACUUCUUAGUUCUCCAUAUAUUUUACUGUAGUACUUAGAAUUAAAUCUUGGGUGGUAGACUUCAUGUAUGUUGGAUAGUGUUUAACUAUCAUUUAGUAUCAAUUCUUAAAAAUGUUUAUUAAUAAAUUCCGUAUUUUAGUUUGUUUAAUAAAUAUAAAAAUUAGAGCUUCAAAUUAUAUAUAAAAAGCAGAAAUUUCUGUAUUUACUAAGAUAACUGAAUCUUUGAAAAUAUUAAGAAUUUUUUAGAAAUUUUUAAAUUUAAAAUUUCUAAAAAUGUUCUCAUUUAGGAAAGUCUUGAAGUUUUGAAGGUCUUCCCAAAUUUGAAAUUUUCUGAAUGUAGAAUUCUGAAUAAAAGGAGUAUCUGAUUGAAUCAACACUAUUAAUUUUUAUGAAGAAUAUUUAACAGCACUUACUUUGUCAUAAUGUUUUAGAUAUUUAAAUUUUAUAUUUAUGUAUAGAUUGUCUUUUAUAUUGUAUAUGUAGGUAUAGUCAAGCAUUUAUCAAGGGUGAAAGAAGCUAAAAUAAAAUUUAUGGAAAUAUUUAGGAGGGAGCCUCCCUAUCAGAUAUACCAGAGGAUGAUUUGUACAAAUGUGUAAAUAAAUAUUUUUACAUUUGCA